AUCGGUAAAUUUACGACUUUCGGUAAAAUAACUUUCAUAUUUUUUAUAAUAAACAUUGUUAUUCUUAGGUACCUAAGUAGUAUGAAAUUCCGAUUUUGAAAAUAAUGAAAUGAAAUGAUUUAAAAGCGAAUUCGCAGUACGUUUGUCAAAAACAUGAGACUUAGGCCCAGUCGUUGAUAAAUAAAAAAAAAAAAACAAAAAAAGUUGUAGUUUCUAUGGCGACGUGAUUGUUUACAAAUUACAUUUAAUAAUAUAACCUCCUGGGACUGCUUGUCAUAUUAAAUUAAAUUAUCGAAAAUUUAGUUAUUGUUCCACUUCAAUUGACAAAAAAAGACUUUCGUAUUUUAAAUGGAAGACCAGGAUACUCCUCAAAUUAUAACACACAUUGAACACAAUUUAGAUCACUCACUAUUUGAUUGUAAGUGGAUUCCAUGUUCAGCUAAGUUUGUUGUUAUUGGAUCUAUUCCUAAGGGCAGUGGCACUCUCGAAAUUUUUGAGAUAACAAAUGGACAAUUUGAUAAAAUAAAGACCAUAGAGAGACCAAAUUCAUUUAAAUGUGGUACCUUCGGUGCCAGCAACGAUAUUGAAAGAAGGCUUGCUACUGGUGACUUUAAAGGCACAUUAGAGAUAUGGGAUUUGGAAAAGAGUUGUCAAGUGUACAUAACGAAAGAGCACUCAGAUAUAAUAAAUUCCAUAGAUGGUAUGGGUGGUAGCAGUGCCAACUGUGGAGCGCCGGAAAUUGUAACGGGAAGUAGAGAUGGCACCGUCAAAGUGUGGGAUCCUCGACAGAGAGGCAAGCCAGUGGCCAACAUGCAACCAAUAAAGGGAGAAACCAGGAGAGAUUGCUGGGCUGUUGCUUUCGGCAACUCCUUCAAUGACUCCGAGAGAAUUGUCGCAGCAGGUUACGACAACGGAGACUUGAAGAUGUUUGAUCUGCGUACCAUGUCGCUAAGAUGGGAGUGCAAUUUGAAGAAUGGGGUUUGUUGUGCUGAAUUUGAUCGUAAGGAUAUUCCGAUGAAUAAAUUAGUGGCCACAACAUUAGAGGGCAAGUUUCAUGUGUUCGAUGUCAGAACACAGAAUCCCACUAAAGGUUUUGCGCAAGUACUUGACAACACUACGAAGAGCGGUACAAUAUGGGUGUCCCGCCAUCUGCCGCAAAACCGGGACCUGUUCAUUACCUGCGCUGGAAACGGCCAGGUCUCCUUGUGGAAAUACCAGUACCCAGAACAGCGGGUGCACGUGGACGCUCAAGGCGUUGCGGUGGGAGUUCCCGGGAAGCUGAAACAUCUUCAGCGUAUGGUGAUCAGCUCGCAGCCGAUCAACGCGCUCGAAUGGAACCGCGACCAUCUCGGGCUCGCUAUAGCCACCGCUUACGACCAAUAUGUCCGCGUACUCGUUACAACCAAACUCAAUUUACACUGAAAUGCCUUUGAAGGUUCACGAAACCGGACAACGAUGUUGGUUGAUCAACCGCUACUAAAAUUGCGAUUUGAAGUGAAUUCAAAAAAUAGUGCUACAAAAAAUGUUUUAAAAAAAAAUUAAAACCUUACCUUAUUUCGUAUUUGUUUAAAGACAUAAUAAUUAUUAAGGCAAAGGUCACCUGAAUAAAAAUGGACGGUAGUAUUUAAAAUUGAUCAAAAUAUGAUAUUUGCAAGCCAUUUUGUACGUAUCCAGAAAUAUCUUCAGAUUAGCCCUUCCGUCAGAAACAAAUAAGAUCCUUCCAAUCUAGAUUUCUCCGAAAUCCAGUCUCGUGGAAAAGUGAUUUUUACCAGAUUUAUAUCUUAUUUAUGUUCAAUCUCUCUUCUUUUCAAAUAUUCUAAAAUACUAAUAAUUACAGAUGGCCGUAAUUUUUCAAUGUCGGCCAUCUUUGCUAUUUCGUAGCAUAAGAUAUAGAUCUUCGCGUAUAGCAUUCAAAUUCAACAGACGCUCACCUAAAAUCACUCCGUGUGAACCUGUUGCCAGGUAAGGUACAAUAACAUAAUAAUUUUAUUGUAUUUUAAUGAAACCAAACUUAGUAUCGGCCCUAGUCACUAUGCCGGCUAGCCUUUGAUAUUUUUUUAAUGGAAUAGGAUGAUACAGCGUCUGGUCACUUAGGCUGAGAUCUAUAGGGCGAACUUAGCCUUUGCUUAGACUUACUAGCAAGUUGAUUCGAAGUCGUAUUUAUAAACAUCGCUUUAUAGAAAAUUGAAGUUUUACAUUUACUAUUUACGAUUAACCAUGGUUGCCAGUUAAAUAAUGCUUGCCAUGACUUUAAUAUACGUAUCUCGCUCCAGUCAGCCCUUGUCCAUCCGAUCCAAAAAAAGGAGACAGUUCGGAUCCGGCAAACUACAGGCCUAUUGCUUUUACUUCCCUGCUCUCCAAAAUCAUGGAGAGCAUAAUUAGCCGCCAGCUUUUAGUAUACCUAGAGGGUCACCAGUUGAUCAACGACCGACAAUACGGCUUUCGCCAUGGUCGGUCGUCAGGUGAUCUUCUGGUAUACCUAUCACAUAGAUGGGCGGCGGCUAUUGAAAGCAAGGGGAAGGCCUGGCAGUAAGCCUGGAUAUAGCGAAGGCCUUUGAUCGUGUAUGGCACAAGGCGCUCCUCUCAAAACUUCCAUCAUUUAGGCUUCCCGAGAGCUUAUGCAAGUGGACCUCCAGCUUCUUCACUGGGCGUAGCAUACAAGUCGUUGUCGACGGUUUUUGCUCGAAUCCCAAGCCCGUGAACGCUGGAGUGCCCCAAGGCUGUGUGCCAUCUCCCACGCUGUUUCUUCUGCAUAUCAAUGAUAUGUUGGACACCUCCAACAUACAUUGCUAUGCAGACGACAGCACUGGUGAUGCCGUAUACACGGGCCAUGCAAGUCUCUCUCGGGAAGACAUCGACCAGUGCCGGGAGAAACUGAAGUCUUCUAUCGAGUCCUCUCUCGAGAAGGUCGCGGAAUGGGGUAAAUUGAACCUUGUCCAAUUCAACCCCCAGAAGACUCAAGUUUGCGCGUUUACCACAAAAAAAUCCCCAUUUGCCGUAUCACCGCUCUUCGACAACACUUCCCUUAAAGCCUCGCCUAGUAUCGGAAUACUGGGUCUCGAAAUCUCGAUUGAUUGAUUCCGUGGCCAUCUGGAGGGCAAAGCCAAAUUGGCUUCGAAGAAGCUGGGCGUCAUCAAUAGAGCACGGCAAUACUUCAAGCCGGCCCACAUUCUAUAUUUAAUAUUUGUAGAGACAAAGCGCAGGUCCGGCCACACAUGGAGUAUUGCUGUCAUCUCUGGUCUGGCGCACCCCUGUAUCAGCUCGAUCCAUUUGACCGCGUGCAACGCAGAGCAGCUCGAAUUGUUGGGGACCCAGUGUUCUGUGAACGGCUAGAUCACUUGGCGUUGCGUAGAGACGUCGCUUCAUUGUGUGUCUUCUACCGCAUUUAUCACGGGGAGUGUUCCGAAGAGCUGUUCAACCUGAUUCCUGCCGCUGAAUUCCACCUUCGCACGACACGCCACAAGUUAUAAUAUCAUCCCCACCAUCUGGAUGUGUGGCGGUCCUCCACAGUGCGGUUUUCAAGGAGCUUUCUUCCACGUACUACAAAGCUGUGGAAUGAGCUUCCUUAUGCGGUGUUUCCGGGACGAUACGACAUGGGUACCUUCAAAAAAAGCGCGUACACCUUCCUUAAAGGCCGGCAACGCUCUUGUGAUUCCUCUGGUGUUGCAGGAGAAUGUGGGCGGCGGUGAUCACUUAACACCAGGUGACCUGUACGCUCGUUUGUCCUCCUAUUCCAUAAAAAAAAAAGUUAGGUGUGAGCAGGAAUAUGAUUUUUUAAUCAAUUUUUCUGUAAUUUUAAAGGAAAUUAAGUAAGGAAUUGAAAAAAAAGUGGAGCCGAGGAGAUGAACAAUUUCUUGCAUCAUCACAACAGCAGUUGUUCGAAAUUUAAAAAAAUUCCUACUACUACCUAAUUACUGUCUGCUGUCACCCAUAGCUGUCACGCUUCCAAAAAUGCGUUCUAUAUCUUAUACGAAAUAAGUUAUCAAGUCCACAUUUUACAUAAAUCAUUCAUCAUUUUCCACUUAUUUAAAUAAAAUUAAUAAACAGAUAAGUUUUGGAUGCUGUUAUAAUUUAGUAUACUUUUUAAAGCAAAAGUUUGUUUAAUAAUACUCGACAAUUUAUAAUGAAUCGUGCGCUUGACCUUUUUAUUGGGCUGGCUUAGGUUAAGCUAUGGAGGGUAGAGGCAACGAAACAGAGAGAGGGCGUCAGUUGCCCUUCAGAGGGCAGUAGGACGGGGCAGGAGGGGAAGAGGGGUCAAAGAAGACCUCUCAACACCAGCCCCGACUGGCAGUUGGUAGAGGGCGACUGAUGGCCUCUUCCCCGAGGUUCUCCGGUGAAAUGGCCUGCAAAGAUCCCGGAGAACCUCUCAAAAAGGGGAACUCUCUGAUUUUGAGGAGGUUUUAGUGGGUAUUACCAAACUUGGUCGACUUCUACCUGAGUAGAAGAUGGUCUAAGUGGUUGAGUCCCACACUCCCUGUGCCACAUACUGCACCGGGGUAGUACGUAAAUGUAUUUCCUCCUCGUUAAAAAAAAUGGAGGGUAGAGGCAAGGAGUAUCAUAUCUCUCAUAAGGGAGAAAAGUUGAAAAGGUGUCCAGCUUAUGUAAUUUAGAACUGUUCAAAAAACUUCCCACAAUGGCGCUGGUGUAGGCACAGGUAUGGUAUAAAGUAUGAUGAAUGUAGCAAUUGUAACCGAAUUGAAGUAUGCCGAGUUAAAAUAUUUAAUAUUAUUGUCGACUAAAGUCGUUAAAUAGUGAAAAUUUCAACGACUUACGUACAAAAUAAUGUAGUAAAUAUAACCUUAAAAAGUUAUAAUGAGAAAACGUGUAGCCUUGCCUCUACACUCCUUGUGUUAAGCCCAGCAUAAUCUCAGCUGUCUAAUGACUAUAAAUAUCAAAUCAAAGUAAGUAAAGUUUGAGCAAAAUCAGUACCUACGCUCUAUUGAUCUCAGCCUUACUGUCAGAUAACUACCUAUUGGAAACACAAUGAAUUGCUGCUGUUAACGAAAGUGACAUUAAAAUAUAUUCUUAAAAUAAACAUCGUCUUAGUAUGUUGCUGGAGGUGUAUUUUAAUACAUAGUAGUUGUAAUAUUGUUAAUUUAGUUGUUAUUUAAUAAAACGAAUGUGAUUUUAUUUAAGUUUUAGCACCAAAUAUCAAUUAAAUAUAUUAUUAUGAGUAA